CCCAUCAUCGUCCUCUUCCACCUCUUCCCUCUUUCCCAUCGUUUCCUCGUUGUCAUCCCUCUAUUGCGCGUCCGCCCGCAUGCCGGGCACGCACCUCAUCAUGGCCACUCUCCCCAGAGCUACUCCCUCGCCCGUCGCCUCUGUCACCUCGAUCACCUCCCCACUGCCGACCUCUCGGCCCGCGUCGGCAGCAUCACACCGAGAGCCGCGCGCGUCCACCAAACUCUCGCCGCUCGACCCAGGAGAGCGUCUUACCCCGCCCCCGUCCGCAGCGAGCAUGCCGCUCGAACUGCGCCUGCGCGCGCUCGAGGCCCGUGUGCUCGGUGUGCCGGCGUCCCAGCUGCGGCAGGUGGAGAUGGAGGAAGGCGCCGCCACACUGUCCCGACGGGUUGCAGCGGCGACCAGGGCUGUUGAGGAAGCGGUGGCGCAGGCGCCGCAGCUCAAGGUGCUGUAUGAGCGAUACGAUACAUACGCGCCACUGCUUCGCGGAAGUCUCGACGAUGAGGAGAACGUGCCCGAUGUCCUGAGUCCGCAGGCUAAGGCGGCCAUGGUGAUUGAAGCGCGCGACGACCUCGCCGAUGCAGAGCGCGGACUUCGCGAGAUCGCGCUCCUUGAGGGACGCGGGAUCGCAGGUGCUGGAUGCCUUGAGGACAUUGUCGCACUUGCCCCCGCCCUCGAGACGGGCCGAACGCAACUCAUAGCACGGAAGCGCAUGCUCGCUGAGACGCGCGCAGACGUCGCAUCCCUCGUCGAGCGGUACACGGAAUUCACUUCCACCGUCUCCGAGCUAUUCGUCACCCUGCACGACCAGGUGUCGGCCCUCGAGGAGGCCGUUGCGCGGGCCGAGCGGCGCCGCGCCAACGAGAAGGCGCGCAUCUACUAGCGAGUACACUCAGAUGGAGAUGGAGGACCCCUGUAAUGAUACCAUGUACAUAUACUACUCGGC